AAAGGGUUGCGGAAAGCGGGUGGGUGCUGGAGAGCGUGUCCGAUUCGGUAAAUUCCCGCACCGUAGGAAGCCAGAGCGACGCGGUUAAAUUGAUCCAUCCCUCUGUGGCGGUACACCGGAGGAGGCAGAGAAAGAAGAAGAAAGAAACUGAGAAAUCUAGAGAGAGAGAAACAGAGAUGGCUGUGAAUCCUCAACUGUUCCCGAACGGCAUGCCGGUUCCUUUUGUGAACGAGAUGUUCGUCUUGGCCAGAGACGGCGUCGAGUUCGAGGUCGAUAAGAUUCCCGGAUCUGAUGGUGGUCGUCUGAAAGCAAAAGGAACGAUCUACUUGUCAAAUAUAAGGAUGGUCUUUGUUUCCAACAAGCCUGGUGGGAGCUUUACUGCUUUUGAUAUGCCCAUGCUUUAUGUCCAUGGUGAAAAGUUUAAUCAACCAAUUUUCUUCUGCAACAACAUUGCUGGUCAGGUGGAGCCUGUGGUUCCAGAAGGUCAGCAUGAGGCUCUUUAUUCGACUCACUCAUUCAAGAUUUUAUUCAAGGAAGGGGGUUGUGGGACGUUCGUUCCACUCUUUUUCAACUUGAUCUCCUCAGUGAGACAAUGUAAUCAGUAUCAACACCCCAACGCUGAGUCACAGCCUCGUGUGGAUCCUUUGCAAGCAGCACAAACUCCUGUUGAUGAGAUGAUGAGACAUGCGUAUGUUGAUCCCAACGAUCCAACGAGGAUCUUCUUGCAGCAGCCCACUCCAGAGUCUCAGCUGAGGCGCCGUACAUACCAGGCACAGCCCGCCGCACAUUAAAUGUAGUAUGAUAUAUUUGAAUAAAAUUACAUGUUUUAAGAACCCAUAAAAGUGUGUGCUGUUUUAAGAAGACUGUUUCUACCUGUAUAUUACUGAGAUAUCUAUUGUGAGUAAAGAAUCCGUUGAAUCUUCGCUA